UUAAAUAUUACAUUAAGAACAAGAGCUUGAAUUCUUAUUGAAAAGCUGUGAAACGAAUCUUCGAAAUCGAAAGUGCGUGUCUUCGGAUUGAAUCUCUCUGCAGCUUACGACCACUCGCCCCUCACAAAUUUUCAAUUCGAAAACGACUAAUACAAGCUCUCCCCAAGUCUGAGCCUGAACCGGAGCCUUAGCCUGAGCUGAGGCCUGUAUCCGUAUACAGACUCUGCUAGUGGACAUACCUUUAAAAGCCCCGACAGAUGAAGAUCGUUCGAAGGGAUUUUGUUCGUAAUGGACCCGGAAGCGUUAAGAUGGCGGCGGAGGACUCUGAUGAUCUAUGGUAUGCUUAUAACCUGAUUGCCAUCGGUGAUAGUGUAAUGGCUGUCACUUUUAGAAAAGUUCAGAGAGAGAUACCCGGUGGGGGAAGAGACUCUGAACGUGUUAAACUGAAGCUGGAAGUACAAGUUGAGGAGGUGGACUAUGACAAAGACGCUGCUGUUUUGCGCAUUCGUGGGAAGAAUAUCCUGGAGAAUGAUCACGUAAAGAUUGGUGCAUUCCAUACUCUGGAGCUUGAGCUGAAACGGCCUUUUGUAUUGAGAAAGGAACUUUGGGACUCAAUGGCUCUUGAUACACUUAAGCAGGCCUCAGAUCCUGCUGCCAGUGCUGAUCUAGCUGUAGUUCUUAUGCAAGAAGGACUGGGACAGAUAUUCCUUGUCGGCAGAAGUGUGACAAGUAGCCGUGCACGAAUAGAAACAUCCAUCCCUAGGAAGCAUGGACCUGCAAUUGCUGGUUACGAAUCUGCUUUGAAGAAAUUCUUCGAGAAUGUUCUGCAGGCUUUUGUGAAACAUGUUGACUUCAGUGUCGUUCGUUGUGCAGUGAUUGCAAGUCCCGGUUUUACAAAGGAUCAGUUUCAUCGCCACUUGUUGUUGGAAGCAGAAAGAAGACAGUUGAGACCUAUUAUUGAGAACAAAUCACGUAUAAUUCUGGUGCACACAAACUCUGGAUAUAGACAUAGCCUGGGAGAGGUUCUGCAUGCUCCCAACGUGAUGAAUAUGAUCAAAGAUACAAAAGCAGCAAAAGAGGUCAAAGCUCUCAACGAUUUCCACACCAUGCUUUCAAAUGAUCCAGAUCGGGCAUGUUAUGGACCAAAACAUGUGGAAGUUGCUCAUGAACGAAUGGCAAUCCAAACACUUCUCAUUACGGACGAGCUUUUCAGGAAUUCUGACGUGAAAACAAGGAAGAAGUAUGUGAAUUUGGUGGAGUCGGUGAAAGGUUCGGGAGGAGAAGCUUUUAUAUUUUCGGCGAUGCAUGUGUCAGGGGAACAAUUGGCACAGCUAACUGGAAUUGCAGCUCUUCUCAGGUUUCCUUUACCAGAACUCGAAGACAUUGAGAUGUAAAAUAUCCUCAGCUAUAGAAAAACACACAAAAUCAUAUAGGUCUCAUAAUUUAUAGGCUUGUCGUUCUCGUUUAAAGAGAGAUCUGUAACUCAUACAUAUAAGUUAAUCAUUCGUUGCUGUUUCAGCGUUUUUGGGUUGCAGACGAUAAAAACGUUACACCUUGUUCAAUAUUCUUCAGCUUUUCUGAUAUGAAAGACAUAUUUGUUCAGCACA